AUGCCCGAAGAAGCCGAAGCUACUAAUCAACCAGCCACAGAGGAAGAAACUCCAAAAUUGGGUGAAAAGGAGGCGGAAAAGGAAUCCCCGUCCACUAACUCAGUAAAACAAGCCAGAUGCGUUGUAUUGACUGGGUUCGGCGGACCAAAGUAUGUGCGAGUGCAGCCUAAGGAUCAGAAAGCAGUUGGGAAGGGAGAGAUUGCCAUUGAUGUGGAGGCCUGUGGUGUUGGCUUUCAAGAUCUGAUGACUCGUCAGGGUUUUCUGGAAUUCCUCGGAAGACCGCCAUUCGUAAUGGGCAGCGAAUGCUCCGGCAAAGUGGCAGAAGUUGGAGAGGGUGUGACGGAAUUCAAGAUUGGAGAUGAAGUACUUGUUCUGUGUGAUAGCGGAGCUUGGACCGAAUACCUUGUCGUGAAACCAAUCACAGAAGGCUCAGCAGAAGGCGUGCAGGCGGAGACCUCGGCGACCGGAGCACCAGCAGCCCUCGUGUUCCACAAACCCACAGGCUUAUCAACAAGCCAAGCCGCCAGCUUCCUGAUGUCCUAUCUGCCUGCGUAUCUCCUGCUACACAAGGUUGCCUACGUUAGACCCGGAGAUAUUGUUCUGGUUCAUUCAGCUGGAGGUGGUGUUGGCACAGCGAUUGGGCAAUUGGCGAAGUACAUUCAAAAUGUGAAAAUGAUUGGCAUAGCCUCAGCUGCCAAGCACGAGAAACUGCAACAAUACUAUUCACUACUCAUCAACAGCUCCCAGGACUACGCGGCAGAAGUUAAGAAGUAUGGGCUUUAUAAUAUUUACAAGGAUUUCUUUACUCCAUGCUUUCCCUCCCUCAUUAGUUUAAUGUGCUACACUGACUUGUGGAAUUCAUAUCAUUCACAAACCGCCUUUAACAAACUCUUGUUAUUUUUAAGGGAAUUCCCGCAGGGCAUAACCGUGGUGCUGGACAGUCGCUCGGGUGAAGAGACUAACAAAGUGCUUUCUCUGCUGCAGCCCCUAGGCCGUUACAUUAUUUAUGGUAACUCCAGCUUCGUUACGGGAGAACGCAAAAAUCUCUUUACCUUCGCAAAGUCUUGGAUCCAAAUGGAUCGAAUCAGCCCACUAAAGCUUCUUGAAGAGAACAAAUUGCUUGGAGGAUUUUCUCUAAAGCAGAUGGUGUUUCAUCAACAAGGCCAUUUUGCAGUGAUAUUUGAGGCAUGGAAGGAACUAAAGCAGAUGCUUCUAGAAAACAAAAUUGAACCUGUGGUUGACAGCGAGUGGAGUUUUGAGGAGGUGAGGGAAGCUCUUCAUAAGCUUCAGGAUCGCAAGAACUUGGGGAAGGUCGUUAUAAGUCCCAAAUUGAAGCCAAAAGAAUUGGAUCAACGCAUUCUUUGUUUUUCGCUACAAGAAUUUGCGUUCACGUCACCUAAAGUUGGUUUAGACGUAAGUGCCAUGCAAACCCAAAUUUCUGCUGAAGAAUUCGCUCGAUUUCAGUCGCAGUUACUGGAGCUUCGUCAGCAGAAGUACGCUGCUGACGAAAGCCGCAUUCGUGCUGACAGAAGAGCCGAUGAUCUCGAAAAAACGCUAGCAUUACAAUCAGGAGAAAUUGCCGAACUUCGCAGUAGCCUUUCUCGCAUCCAAAGAGCUGGUGACAUCGAUGCCCUUUUCAAAGAAAACCAAUCCCUCCGUCAUCGCCUUAUUAACAUUGAAUCCUCCUUCCAGCUGCAGACAUCGACCCUCCGUGCUGAGUGCGAACGGCUUCAGGCAGAUAAUUCAGUCCUCCUCUCUACUCUGAAAACUGCUGGUUUAAACCAAACCACUGCUACUUCAUCAGCGCACGAUGAGGGUACUCAAACAAUACCUAUUAUUCAAACUGUUAAGGCCUCACAAACCCUUAAGUCCGGUCAGACGUCUUCUCAAGUGCAAACAGAUCUUCUAAGUGCAGACAUUGAAAAUGUAGAAAAUCGUCUUAACGAGCUUUCAGAGGCUGACACUCUCCUAGCGAAUGAACGGUUGGCAUCAGGACGGCUUGUAAAGGAGUUACUUGAACGUGAGCUGGAUGUAGAGCGACUGGAAAGAGAUUGUGAGGCUCUCCGAAGUGAAUUGGUUGUAAUGGAGAAACGUAGUGAUCGUGUUCAGAAGGACCUAAAACGUCAGCUCGCUUCGGCUGUCCGUGCUGCAAAGCAGGCUACAGCGACGCCAUCACUGUCGAGUCUGGUGUACGUUCAGAAACCGCCACAAAAAUGUGAUACCAUAUCCGUGGAGUCUUUCAGUCUGUGUGGCGGCGUUAAUGGUGUCCAGGUAAUGGGAAAUGACGGUGACAUGUCUGAGACAUCCUCGAGCUCCCCAAUUCCGCAGCAAACACUCUUCUCGGAAGACGACUUAAAAGGCCUCCUGAACAGGCUCUCUGAGGUGCAGGAGGAGAAUUGUAAUCUGCGGCACAAAGUGAAGCGCCUCGAAGCAGACCUCGACGCGAAGUCCACAAUCAUACAGCAGAGGCUGACCGACAAAGCCAUCCCAUACCCUCCUGGUGAGUGCGAUUUUUGUAGUUUGAGUAACGCUGCACUUGCAAGUGACACAGUAGGAAUACAACAUUGUGUUCAAACAAAUGCUGAUUCAAGCAAAGCCACUCCGGUCACCAAUCCGCACUCCCUCAUACCUCGGCUCGCCUCAGAUGUUCUCUCAACGGUGAAAUCCAAGUUAAAACAGCUGGAAGCUGUUACGAUGGAGAUGUCCUCCCCUACAACGGCAGUCAGUUCAGUUGAACUGCUCGGUCUAAAGAGGCUUUGUGAGGAGCUGAUGACUCGCAAUAUCUCCCUGGAACGAGCUCUAGAAAUUGCCCUGUCCUCGGGGAAAGGCAACGAGGAAAUCUAG